UCCUUUCCUCCUGCAACAAGAGGAGGUGGUGUACGGAAGUAGCGUGGGAUUUUAUUACUAAGCAACAGAGACCAGUACAUACCGGCGAAUUGGUAAAAACGGUAUUAAAUUUUACCAUCGAAUUUAUCCACAUCCAGAGAACAAAUGCCAAAUAAGCCUUCGACUAGACUCUGCACUCUGUUGUCGUUAUAGUUCUACGUUAUUUUCCGCAUGAAGCCGAAACAAAUCGACCAGGUUGCUCUGGCAUGAAUACAUGUAAAGAUCCUCCGUUAGCUGCGACAGAAAUGCUUGCGAAUAAUCACCAAAAUCACGACUCUCACUGUGGAACAGAUGUGGCCCGUGCACGAUGGGGUCUUCUGCGACAGGUUCUGAAACGGAAGCAGCUCGACAGUUCAGAUGUACAGCAGGUGUCAGUACGAAGAUUCUCCUCCUUUAACCUGUUCUCCAGGAGCAGGGUCACUCCCACAGAGACGGAUGACCCGUCAGACGGGCAGUGGGUGGACUACAGAAGUGCAAUCUUUCCCCAGUACAGUGCCUUACUCCGAGACAAUCUUGGACCUAUUAGAGUAGAUGAGGUGCUCAGCAGCUUUGACAACACAGGAAAUGUCUGUGUCUGGCCUUCUGAAGAGGUGAUGGCCUACUACUGCCUGAAGAAACGUCACAUGUUUACGGGUUCCUCGGUGUGUGAGCUGGGAGGAGGGAUGACGUGUCUUGCCGGGCUCAUGAUUGCGGUUUGUGCUGAUGUGAAGGAAGUUCUGCUAUCUGAUGGCAACGAGAAGGCAAUUCAAACACCAGAUGUGCGCAGUGUGAUCGAGAGGAACAGACGAGAAGGGCUCUUCCUGUCUACCAAUGUGUCCAGCAGGGUGGUGAGAUGGGACAAUGAGGCCGAUGUGUCCGCUCUGGAGGGUCGCUUUGACGUGGUGAUGUGCGCUGACUGUCUGUUUCUUGACCAGUACAGAGGCAGUCUGGUUGUGCACUAAGAAGAUUACUGCGACCUGAUGUAAGUGUGUGUGUG